AUGAGCUCCCGGGGCUUCUCCCUGGCCCCUCCAGCCAAGAACGUGGUGGUUUAUCUCAAUGGUGACCCCUUCUCCCCUGGGAAGAAGUUUGUAGUGACCCAGCGGCGGUUCCAGACCCUGGAGGCCUUUCUGAACGAGGUGACCAAGAGCCUCAGGGCCCCCUUGGCUGUGAGGAACCUCUACACACCCAGGCAUGGGCACCGUGUGGCUGAGCUGGGGGCUCUGCAGGAGGGGGGUCACUACGUGGCUGCAGGUUUGGAGAAGUUCAAAAAGCUCAACUGCAGGGAUCCCGGCUCAGGGCGGGUUCUGGGCUGUUCCCACUGCAGCGUGUUCCGGAACGGGGACUUGCUGAGCCCUCCCUUCCCAGUGCUGCUCCCCAGGAACACUCUGCUGCACUGGGACACGCUCCUGGCCACGCUGACAAGGAAACUGGAGCUGCAGAGUGGAGCUGUUCACAGGCUCUGCAGGCUGGAUGGAACUCAGGUGUCUGCUGGGGAGGAGCUGGUGAGUGGUCACUACUAUGUGGCUGUGGGAAGUGAGGAGUACAAGGAACUGCCUUAUCUGGAGCUGCUGGUGCCCCAGGACUCUGUGUGUGUAAAGAUGAAAGUCCCCACCAGGGGGAACUUAAGGAACGGGAAGACAACGAAAGCCGAGAUUGUCCUCUGGGCAACUUCCCUCCUGGAAUGGAUUGCUCGUGUUGUGGAGACCCACCAGCCCAUUGUGGAGACCUACUAUGGGCCAGGGAGGCUCUACACCCUCAUCAAGCACCUGCAGGUGGAGUGUGACAGGCAGGUGGAGAAAGUGGUGGACAGGUUCAUCAAGGAGAGGGACUAUCAGAGGCAGGAGGAGAACUGGUGCAGUUCCUUCCUCUGGCAGUGCUUCCUGCAGAGCAUCCCUGUCACCCCCUGUUCCAACGGCGCCGUCAUUUCCGCCCCGCGCAGCCCCUAG